UUCCUAUAGUAGCUAGCUAAUUGUAUUAUACUAGCUUGCUUGUUCAAUUCAAUCGAGCAGUAGCUAAUUGCAUAGUGAUCGAUCGAUCUGUAUAGAUGGUGGUGGCCGGCAAGAAGCAGGGACGGCAUUCUUUUUCUGCAUCAUCAUCGUCGUCUUCGUCUUCUUCUUGUUCAGUAGUGCAGCUGGGUCAUCAUCAGCGCCCACAGGGUGAGGACCCUCUCAUCGGCAUCAAAGCAGCAGCAGCAGGAGGAGGAGGAAUAAUGAGAAAGGGCCCGUGGACGGAGCAGGAGGACGUGCAGUUGGUUUGGUUCGUGCGGCUGCUGGGCGAACGGCGGUGGGAUUUCUUAGCAAAGGUGUCAGGUUUGCAGCGCAGCGGGAAGAGCUGCCGUCUCCGGUGGGUGAACUACCUGCAUCCAGGGCUGAAGCGAGGGAGGAUGAGCCCCGAGGAGGAGAGGAUGGUGGUGCAGCUCCACGCCAAGCUCGGCAACAGGUGGUCUCGCAUCGCCAAGAGCAUUCCUGGCCGCACCGACAACGAGAUCAAGAACUACUGGCGCACCCACCUGCGCAAGCUCAAGCUCAAACAGCAAAAGCAGCAGCAGUCCGACGACCACCACAACGACAACGACGACGACGACGACCGCAACUCCUCCUCCUCUUCGUCCUCCUCCAACAGCAACAGCAACCUGCAGCAGCAGCCGCAGCCAGAGGAUGAGUCGUCGGCCAGUGGCAGCCUGCAGGCCCAACAUCAUGAGGACCAGCACCAACUGUUCCUUCAUCCUCUCUGGAACGACGACAUCAUCGUCGACGUCGACUGCUGGAGCAGCAGCACCAACGUCGUCGCUCCGCCGCCGAUGCCCGCCUCGCCGCUCUGGGAUAUCGAUGACGCCUUCUUCUGCUCGGAUUAUUCGCUACCUCUCUGGGGAUAGUAUAUAUCAUCCAUCAGCCGCCAAGACGAUGACGACUACAUCAACUCGAUCGAUCGAUGCCUCCUAAUCAUGUGGGAGUACUCAGCUCAUCUCAAUUGUUACAUCCUUGCUACAGCUGCUAAUUACUGUAAUUACUAGCUUGCAUAUAGGGAUCGACGGAGGAAUUAAUAUAUACAUGUUAGUAACUCGUUCUAUAGCGCAACUUGCAGUUGCAUCUCAAUCUCUGAUCAGUACUAUAUAAAUAUAUAUAUAUGUAACAGCUGCUAGCUAUAGCUAGCUGCGUACACAUCCAUAUGAAUGUGUGUGUGUUCAUGCUUGUACUGCCUCUUGUAGUAUAUGCACAUAUACGUGCAAGUGCAACAGACGGCUGCUGGCUGAUAUAUUUUGAUCAGCGCGCCACGUGCACGUGCAUACGUUUCUUCA